AUGAGAAAGAAAAAUUUAAAAGAGCAAAAUGGUGAAUACAUGCUUCGUGACAUACAAAGUUCUAAAAAUCCAUAUUAUCAUACUAUUACAAUGAAAGGUGAUGUAUCAGCUGGUAAUAUAUUUCCAUUGAGUGUAGGUAAGGAAAACUAUUGCUUUGAAAUUAAAGUUAAACAGAAUUAUCCAGUAUAUCUUGCUUUUAUGAUAUAUUCAAGAAACAGAAGAGAUCAUAGUCUAUGA